AUGUCCGCUACCAAACCACUUCCUCGAAAGAUCAAGGUCAAAUGGCCCCAACUUGAUAUCACGGUCACGGCCGUGAUGAACGACGAGGCCAACGCACAUCUCAUAGACAUCCUAUACGAGCGCCUGCCUUACCGCUCACUCCAGAACCACGCCCUCGUGUCGGGGGAUCAUCUUUACCAUCUGGUGCCAGCUGAGAAGUUGAUAUAUACGAAAGGGAACUACAUCGUGCCCAACCGAGUGAUGGAGCCAGACGGAACCGUCUUUCUCUCCGGCUUGCAGCAUCUCGCCAUCAAAUACGGGCCACUGACCGAAUACCUCCCGGCCGCCCCAUGUGGGAAGAUCGUCGCGGAAGAUAUGGCCCAGCUCGUCCGAGCGGGAACGGCCAUCUGGAACGCCUGCAACUCGUCCAAGCAGGUGAUUGAGGUUGUUGUGUGGGACGCCACGAAGCCCGAACCCACCGAGCAGCUCUUUCUCCCGCUCGAGCGAAUGGGUACUACCAAGGAGGUGAUGCGUUUAGUCGAGGCCAUCCAUGCGGAGACCGAAAAAUCAUGGUCGGCGGUCUCCUACGACCUCCAGCUGGUGCACACAGGCUGCGCGCUCUCCGGCGCCGGAUCGAAGAAUUCCUACUUCGCCACCAUGGUAUUCAUCAACGGGGAGAUCCGACCGCUCGGGUACAAUAUCCUGAACAAUAUCCUGAAAAUCGCGGAGACGGACCCCGAGUUCAAGCUGCGCCACCUGGUCCAACUCUUCCGCGUGUUUGCGUCCAUCCCGUCGGAGUUCGUGGGCUAUGCAGGGGCGACGUUCCUCUACCAGACCUUCCGGCAGAUCGACCGUGUCAUCGACGGAGUGAUUCUAUCCCAUGAGAACGAACAACAAGGCCGGGCGGAUUUCUUGGCUCUGGUCAGUGCUUUCGCGAAGUAUGUGAAUCUGUUGAAUGCACAGAACUUGCAUGUGUUUCCCUGGCGGCAUGGGGCGGAGUAUCUGCUGCUGCGGAAUUAG